AUGACCAAAUUGUGUCCAGCACUUCUUCAAUUAGCAGAUGUGACAUUAGAUGUGAAUAUGCCAGUUUGUUUGCAGAAUGAAUGUGUUAUUAUACAAGAGGCGUCCGGUGCACUAUCUUCAGAAAAUGACGCUACAACAGCUUAUAUUCUCUAUCAAGAAUUUAAAAUUAAUUUAAAUAAUGGCAACACAGGAUUUUUUCGGACUGAAUUUGAAGAUUCUGGUGGUGAUGGGUAA